CAUCUGUUCCACUUUCUCGUCAAGAAGAAAGCACUUUCCCAGGAUUAGCGGCCACCAUGGUGGGGAUUUGGGAGAAGAUUGUCUUUGUUCUGAUCCUUCCUGUCAUCAGCUUCGUAGGCGCCCAGAGGGUUGACGUCACCCUAGUGAACCACUUCCCGUUCGUCGCGGAUCAGGACACGUUCCUGAAGUGUGUCAGUGACGAGGCAAGUUCCACCCGGGACAUCAGGUUCAACGUCAUCGCGGACGUGGGCAACGGAGCCAACUACCCCAACCAAGUCAGUGCGGGUAACAUCGACCCCGAGUCGUGGCCGGGCGCGCAGAACGCCAUCGCCGCCGGGUCGGGCGCCAGCCGCAUGAACGUGUUCUCCUGCUCGCUGCAGACCCGCGACGACAGGACCGCGGGCGUCUUCACAGUGAAGAUGGCGGAUGCCGCCAUCAUACGGCCUAAGCUGCUGACCCAAACAGUCAGCGUGCAGGACGAGGUGGUGCUGGAGAUGACAGACAGCACAGGAGGUUCUGGCCCGGUGACCUGGCGUAAGGACGGGUCCAUCAUCUCGGGGGAGUCCGGCCUGACCCUGACCAUCGACCGCGUGGGGACCCAGGCCACCGGCGUGUUCGAGUGUUACCGGACGGAGGAGGAGAGGAGCGCGACCGAGCAGGCCAUCAUGAGGCUCAUUGUCAGGAGUUGCCCCGCCGGGAAGUGGGGAGGGGGGUGCGACCGGGACUGUCCCGACUGUAAGAACGGCGGCGUGUGUAACCCGUCUGACGGCAGGUGCAUGUGCCCGCCUGGCUUCAUGGGGGAUACGUGUGACGAAGCCUGCGGAACCAACGGGUUCGGUUUGAACUGUGAGUACAAGUGCUCGGACGAGACCGACUCUCGCGAGACUUGCGCCGGGAGGUUGUUCUGUAUCCAGGACCCGUACGCCUGCUCCUGCUACAUCGGCUUCAAGCCGCCGGAGUGCCGCGAUCCCUGUGACGGUAAGACUUUCGGAGUGAACUGUCUGAAGGACUGUAACUGUAAGGAGCAGUGUGACGUGGUGACGGGGGCUUGUGAUGACGGGUGCGAUGCGGGGUGGGAGGGAAGCGACUGUCAGACAGGUGAGUUCUGA